CUGUCUUUCAAUCUUUCUUGUUUUGCUAUAUUUUGAAUUCAAUCGUCUGGUUUCAUUGCAACCGAUUUUGCUCCUCAAUGGCUUUAUCCGAUUUCUCACUCGAAUAUACGCUUCAAUUGACUUCGGACCUGUUUGGAAUUGCCAAAAUCACUUUUGCAAUUGCGCAGAGGAUGAAAUUGAUUUUUGAAGUGUUAGUUGGUAGAUGAUUUUUGCUAGGGUGACUAACCUGAAAUCAGCUCCAGAACUUAUCUGGAUUCUAAUUCAGCUUGCCCCUAAUUUAAGAACACGAUUCUCAGCCCUGAAUAAUUUCUUUGCUUUCGAUUUGUUCCGCUUUCUCUCACCAUUGUAGCAUCUUCAGAGGACUCUUUCAUUUCCGGCCGCUUUUUCUCUCGUUCUGCUGAUCAUUUCGUUGGUUUUCGCUGGUAGUUGUUAGCUUCAUCCUUGUUUGAGUUUUGGACGUGUGGUUUCCACAUUGAUUGUGAACUGUUUGCAUUAUUCUUAAUUUUGAAUUAGGUUUUCAAUUUGUUUAUGUAAUUUUGACUGGUGGUUUUGAUUUGUGUUUCGUUUUGAACUAGGUUUUUGAUUUGUUCCGUAAUUGCUUCAUUGAUUAGGUUGCCAAUGGUGUGUUGUUUGCUUUUCUUACUUAUGAUUGGGUGGUGUAUUUCUGGAAUUCGACGGCAGAACAGUUAGAAGACAUUAAAAAUGAGCAAGUACGGCCUACAACUUAGAGUUAAGCCAUCACAGCAGAAACAGCCUACAAGACCGCCCCUUCCUGCUCCUCUUGGAUUUCAAGACGACGACGACGAUGAUGUUGAGAGAGAGAUAUCCCGACAAGCUUCCAAGAAUAAGGCACUUAAGGAUAUCGAGGAGCAACACAAGAAAGCACUAGCGGAAGAUCCGUCGGUUUUCGAUUACGAUGGAGUCUAUGAUGAAAUGAAAGAAAAGGCUGUUCUACCUCGAGCAUAUGAUCGUGAAGAGCGAAAGCCAAAGUAUAUUCAAAAUUUGAUGAAGAAGGCAAAAGAGCGAGAGAGAGAACAGGAGGUUAUAUAUGAAAGAAAACUAGCCAAGGAGAGAAGCAAAGAUGAUCAUCUUUAUGCUGGUAAGGACAAAUUCGUCACUAGUGCCUACAAAAAGAAACUUGCAGAACAAGCUAAGUGGAUGGAGGAAGAACGUCUCCGACAACUUCGAGAGGAGAAAGAUGAUGUUACCAAGAAGAGCGACAUUAGCGACUUUUACUUCAACCUUCAAAAGAAUAUUGCCUACGGUGCCGGUAAUGCAGUCGAGCCGAGGGAACCUCCACAGAAGCUUCAAUCAGAGAAGCAGGCUGAUGUCCAGAAAAUGAAGAAGCAUGGAGAGAGUGCUAAUGCCGAUAUUGUUAAUGAUCAUCAGUCACCGAAAUACCCCAGCUCGCCUUCCCAGUCAGCAAAGACUAUAGAACAGGAUCGUCACCUCGAAGAGCACCUUUCGAAUUCAAACAAAACAACACCGUCUGAUGUACGAGGUACUAGCCCCCCUCCAUUACACAAUAAAACUCCAGUUGAGAAACAGCCCGAACAUGACCAAGGUGAACAACAACCAAAGCGUGAUCAUCAUAAAAGAAGUGAAGAUGCUGUCGCUGCUGCAAAAGAGCGAUUUUUGGCUCGAAAAAGAACAAAGGAGGUCUGAAAUACUUAACCUUUAUGGAUUAAAUUGAGGACAAAUAUGUAAAUGUUAUUGUUCUAUGGAUGAUAGUUGAUAGUUAUGUUCUUAAUGGUCAAAUUCAUCUUGAAUCUCUGGCUUUGACAUCA